CUCUCCAGAUAGACUGAAAUAGCCUCUUGUGCAGGUUAUUAUCUGUAAUUUCCUGAGAACAGGAGGGAGAGAGAGGGUGGGCACUGCGGAAAGGUGGACAGCGUGAAUAAGCCAAAGAAUUGCUCAUUUGACUGACAUUUAAAUUGUCUUUUGGUUUGAUUGCUCCUUCAUUCAAAGUUCUAUUUGUAAACAGAUUGUGGUAACUCUACAUACACUUGUGUGACAUAUAUGUUUAAUAAGCUUUAUGCAUUAACAGAAUGCAGAUAACGGUAGGUUUGCCACUGCUGUUGUGCAUUUAAAAAAACAUCCAACUUCUGCAUGUAUUCAACAAAGAGAUGCUAGUGAAACUAAUAAACAAUUAAAGUGCAUUGCAAUUCUAAUGCAGAGACAUACACGACAGAGAAAGACCAAGCAGAACUCUGGCAGGGAAGCACAUGCUUGUGCGUCUGCAAUCAAGACCGUGUGGGUGGGUUAUUUUGAUCCAUGCCGCUAUAGAUUAUGUAUUUCCAUAACAAUCCUCUCAGCUCAGAUCGCCGCACAUCCUCGUCUAGAAAGCCCCUGGGAUUUCUCUGUUAUGGAAGAGAAGAAUGCAGUGCCAUCCUGGGUUAACCCGGCUCUGGUAAACUGGAGGCUGGACUCUUUUGGUAGCGAUGCCGGGCAGAGGGUCCAUGUGGAGUUUUAUGUGGAUGAGAACACGUUUAAAGAGAGACUCAAACUUUUCUUCAUCAAAAACCAAAGAUCCAGUUUAAGGAUCCGAAUAUUUAACUUCUGUCUGAAGCUUUUGACGUGUGUUCUUUACAUCAUACGAGUCAUGACAGAUAAUCCAGCUCAGCUCCACCACACAUGCAUCAACUGCAGCAGCACCACGCAGACCAACCAGAUCAACUGGGAGCUGAUAUUCUGGGUGGACAGAAAAAUACCAGUUUGGGCCAUUCAGGUGAUAGUAGCAUCCAUCAGUUUCAUGGAAGCCAUGCUGCUAAUGUACCUCAGCUACAAGGGUAAUAUAUGGGAGCAGAUAUUUCAGGUGUCUUUCCUGUUGGAGAUGCUAAAUACUGUUCCUUUCAUCAUAACGAUCUUCUGGCCUCCUCUCAGAAACCUGUUUAUCCCUGUGUUUCUCAACUGCUGGCUGGCCAAGUGUGCUCUGGAGAGCAUGAUAAAUGAUCUGCACCGGGCCAUUCAGAGAACACACUCGGCCAUGUUCAACCAGGUCCUCAUUCUGAUCUGCACUCUCUUAUGUCUCGUUUUCACCGGCACUUGUGGUAUCCAGCAUUUAGAGCGUGCUGGGAAGAAGAGUCUGUCUCUCUUUAACGCUUUGUAUUUUUGCAUCGUGACCUUCUCUACGGUGGGCUUCGGUGAUGUGACUCCACAGAUCUGGCCGUCUCAGCUGCUGGUGGUGGUGAUGAUCUGCGUGGCGCUGGUGGUGCUGCCUCUACAGUUUGAGGAGUUGAUCUAUCUGUGGAUGGAAAGGCAGAAAUCCGGAGGAAACUACAGCAGACAUCGAGCACAGACAGAGAGACAUGUGGUCUUAUGUGUCAGUACUCUCAAAAUCGACCUGCUCAUGGACUUUCUCAACGAAUUCUACGCUCACCCUCACACACAGGAUUAUUACGUGGUCAUCUUGUGUCCAUGUGAGAUGGACGUCCAGGUGAGGAGGAUAUUGCAGAUCCCACUGUGGUCACAGAGGGUAAUCUACCUUCAAGGAUCUGCCCUCAAAAACCAGGAUUUACUCAGAGCCAAGAUGGAUGAUGCAGAAGCAUGUUUCAUUCUUAGCAGCAGGAAUGAAGCUGAUCGCAUGGCAGCAGAUCACCAGACUAUUCUGAGGGCUUGGGCUGUGAAAGACUUCGCUCCGAACUGCCCUCUUUACGUCCAGAUUCUCAAACCCGAAAACAAAUUCCAUAUUAAGUUCGCAGAUCAUGUAGUGUGUGAAGAAGAGUUCAAAUACGCCAUGUUGGCUCUGAACUGUCUGUGUCCAGCCACCUCUACACUGAUCACUUUACUGGUCCACACAUCUCGCGGACAAGAAGGCCAGCAGUCUCCAGAGCAGUGGCAGAGGAUGUACGGCCGAUGUUCGGGUAAUGAGGUCUAUCAUAUCCGUCUGGGUGACAGUAUGUUCUUCAGAGACUACAACAGCAAAAGCUUCACCUACGCCGCCUUUCACGCUCACAAGAAAUAUGGUGUGUGUCUGAUUGGCGUGAAGAGAGAAGAUAACAAAAGCAUCUUGUUGAACCCUGGACCGCGCCACAUCAUGUCUACCAGCGACACCUGUUACUACAUCAACAUCACGAAGGAGGAAAACUCCGCCUUCAUCUGCAGACAGGAAGAAGAUCAGGGAAAGGGGCGGGGCCACUGUGACAUUUUAAACAGAACGUCUGGCCUGCCGGUUCAUAGCAUCAUCGCUAGCAUGGGAACGGUUGCUAUGGAUUUUCAGAACACCAGUCCCACUGAGAGUGGCGUUAAACUGGCUCCGCCCCCGGAGAACGUACGAGGAAGUCGCCGUCCAAGCAUAGCACCCGUUCUAGAGCUCGCUGACUCCUCCUCCUUACUGCCGUGUGAUCUGCUCAGUGACCAAUCAGAGGAUGAGGCUGGACACUCAGAUGAAGAUGUAACAGCUAAUGAAUUUGUGAAAGGAUACCCCCCAAACUCUCCAUACAUUGGGAGCUCCCCGACCCUUUGCCAUCUCCUGCCCCAGAAAGCCCAUUUCUGCUGUUUACGGCUUGAUCAAAGCUGUGAGCAUGUUUCCUUUGAAGAUGCAAAAGCGUAUGGCUUCAAAAACAAGCUGAUCAUUGUUUCUGCUGAGACGCCUGGAAAUGGCCUUUACAACUUCAUAGUGCCUUUAAGAGCUUAUUACAGACCCAGAAGGGAGCUCAACCCUAUAGUCCUGCUGUUAGACAACCUACCUGAUGACCAUUUCCUUGAGGCCAUAUCCUGCUUCCCAAUGGUCUAUUAUAUGGGUGGCACCAUUGACAAUUUGGACAGCCUAUUGCAGUGUGGUGUUCUGUAUGCUGAUAAUCUAGUGGUGGUGGAUAAAGAGAGCACUAUGAGUGCAGAGGAGGACUAUAUGGCUGAUGCCAAAACCAUUGUCAACGUGCAGACCAUGUUCAGGUUGUUUCCAAGUCUCAGUAUAAUCACAGAACUGACUCACCCAUCAAACAUGAGAUUCAUGCAGUUCAGAGCCAAGGACUGUUACUCUCUCGCCCUGUCCAAACUAGAGAAGAAGGAACGUGACAAAGGCUCAAAUCUCGCCUUCAUGUUUCGUCUUCCGUUUGCUGCUGGUCGAGUCUUCAGCAUCAGCAUGCUGGACACACUCCUCUACCAGUGUUUUGUGAAGGACUACAUGAUCCCGAUAGCCAGACUGCUGCUGGGAUUGGACACCACGCCUGGAUCAGGAUACCUGUGCGCUAUGCACGUGUGUGAGGCUGAUCUCUGGAUCCGCACGUACGGGAGACUCUUCCAGAAGUUCUGCUCGUCUAGUUCAGAGAUCCCCAUCGGAAUCUACCGCACAGAAUCACACGCAUCACCUGAGUUUCAAGGUUCUGUCAGCAUCGAGAGGUUAAACGACACCAGGGAGAAGGGGGAGGAGUCAAAGAUCUUCACCAGGAGCUCGUACAGCAGUGACCAAUCAGAGCACCCACUCCUGAGGAAGAAGAGCAUGCACUGGACGAGGCGUCUCAGUAGGCGGAGCGUGAAGAGGUGUGACUCCUCCCUCAGCUCCAUCCACCAGCGUCUGGGCGUGUUACGCCGCUCGGAAAGGGAGGAGCUUUCGGAACUGGUCAGGAACCGCAUGCAGCACUUGGGCCUGCACACGGCUGGAUAUAAGGAUGUCACAAAUCUAACAGCCAGUGAUGUGAUGAACCGAGUUAAUCUGGGGUAUUUGCAAGAUGAGUUGAAUGACCAGCAGAACUCCAUCUCAUAUGUGCUGAUAAACCCCGCCCCCGACACGCUGCUGCAGCUCAAUGAUGUGGUGUUCCUGAUCCGUCCGGAUCCACUGGCUCAUGUACCUGAAGCACCGCCUGGACAAUCCCGCAACUGACACACCAGAACUCAACGAGAUUUAACCGGUCAGAACUACAUCAAAAAGCCAUGAUAGAGUUGGACUAUAAUGUUUCGCUUAUAUAAGCUUUUGCUCUUAGAUUAAUCAAUUAUAUUAUGGUCUGAACACUGCAUAUAAUACAAAUAGCUUUGUGAAAUAUUGUGCAGUGAAGUCAAAGUUCAUGUUCCAUCAGAAAAGAGGGUUAUUUAUCCAUUGCAGUAACAAACACAGAUUGUCCUGUUGCAGAUCAGACACUAGAGGGCGAUAAUGUUAGCAUAAAAACUGAUUACAGUCAUGCAAUUAACUUUGUAAUUUGGAUUAACAUGAUUUUGCUGUUGUAAUGCAUUUCUCAUGCAUUUCUCGUUUUAUUUUCAUGUUUUUUUAUCACCUUAACAGGGUUUUGCAUUAAAGACGAUCUUUAUUAUGUACAGCGGCCGCAAAAAGUAUCUAAGAAUAUCUGAACGUCAUUGCAUUAGAUAAAAUAUCAAACCAUGUAGCAUUUAUUAAAGAAAGAUACACAAGUUGAGUCUGAGACUUAAAGGAAUAGUUCACCUAAAAAUUUAAAUUUGCUCAGGACCUCAAAAUAAUAUAGAGUUUAGUUUCUUCAUCAGAUUUGGGGACAUGUAGCUUUGAAUCAAUGGAUGGAUGCUCUGCAGUGAAUGGGUGCCGUCAGAAAGAGAGUCUGAAAAGCUGAUAAAGACAUCACAAGUAAUCCACAGCACUCCAGUCCAUCAGUUAAUGUCCUGCUAAGCAGUGAUGUAAUGCUACAUAUCUCCAAAUCUGAUGCAGAAACAAUCUCAUCUGCAUCUUGGGGACCUGAGGAGAGUAUAUUUUCAACAUCCAUUGGGUGAACUACUCCUUUAAGUGUCCAAGGGGGGAAUCACUCCAUUCUAGCCAUUCUAGUCAUUAUUAUCGCUGUGCACAUUUGGUUAGUUUUCAGUUAGACUAAGUUGUCCACAUACCAGUAAUAAUGAAAUGUACAAUGUGUUGAUAUUGUAAUUAUAAUGUACAAUGUAUUUAUAUAUGUAUAGACCGUAAUUUGUGUUUUUGUGAAUUUGUUGCCUUUUGAAAUUAAAGUGUUAAAUGC